AAAAAGCUUAUUUAGACACACAGAAAAAAAAGCAGACUCAAAGGACUCUUUUUUUUCCUCUCUCCAAUUUCCAAGUAAUUUUCCCACUCAUUUUCCUUCUUUUUCCUCCUCAAAACCUCUCCAUUACUUUCAGAAAUGAAAGUUGUACUCAAGCGACUCUAAACCAAACACCAAAAUCCAAUGAUUUCGAAUUCUCUCACACACACAACAAUGGACAAAUUAACCGUCUUCAUAGUCCUUUUCGCCUUCUUAUUAUUACACUUUGAUCGAUCACUCGCCGGUUUACUCGACCAACCGGUUCAACCUCUCAAACCGGGGGACUACUCUGCUCCGAACACAGUCCCAGCGUUUCCAGUCCAGACCGAGACACCUACCUGCCAGCUCGACCUCUCGGCUGAGCUCUUCGGCGGCGUGAACGCCGCGUGCGGUCGGAACCUAGAUCGGAGCCGGUGCUGCCCCGUGCUGGCGGCGUGGCUUUUCGCAGCUCACGCUCGGUCGGCGCUGCAAGUUCCUACGGCUGCGGAGGCUCCGACGACGUCGUCUGACCUUCCGAUGAUGCCGGACGACUCACAGAAGUGUGUUAUCUCGCUCCAGAGCUCGUUGCAGAGCCGCAAUAUUCAUAUUCCUCAGCCUAACGCUUCGUGUGACGCUGUGCUCUGUUUUUGUGGAAUUCGGCUCCACCAGAUCACGUCGCUUAGUUGUCCGGCGGCCUUCAAUGUCACCGCCGGUAGGAAUGCGACGCCGACAGCCGCCGUGAAGAAUCUGGAGCGUAAUUGCCGGAAUUCGUCGUACGCUGGUUGCACUAAGUGCCUUGGAGCUCUACAAAAGUUAAAGGGCGAGGGCAAAAACGUAAGUGAAGAAGAAGAAGGUGACAAUAGAGCAAGCAAGAUGCUCAACAGAGACUGCCAGCUAAUGGGGCUGACGUGGCUACUAGCCCGCAACAAGACGGCGUACAUACCUACUGUGUCGGCUGUUCUGCGCGCUAUCAUGUACAGUGCGCACCCACCCCAGGAAUCCAAGUGCAGCCCCGACCAGGAGAACAUGCCUCUCGCCGUCGAUUCUCUGCAGUUCCAAUACUCCGAUUCGUCCUCGUCAUCGUCGUUGAUGGCCAGUCUUUGGUUUCCAAUUUUGCCCCUAAUCAUUAUUAUUGUGUCUCUGGUAUGGUCGUCUGUGUAAAUACUCAGACUCAGUUUGGCUGCUUCUUUGUCUUCUCUCUGGUGGUGCUUUUAGCAUCUUUUGACAAUCCAUGCUUUUUUUGUUAUGUGUUGUCGGGGUUGGGUUCACGUGAAGCUAGUUGACAAACACCAGGGGGUAAUGUAAGUGGGGCCCUUUUUUGUUUUUUUAGCUCAAUGUAAAUUUCAGGGUCUCAUUUUUUUGGAGCUUCUGUUUUAUUUUGAUAUAUGUGUAGUACAAGGAAAUCUUUAACUUGCCCUUUCUUCCUUAUUCAACUAGCGUAGAAUUCGCGCUAUGUACCGGAUUAAAUAAUGAUAAAUAAAUUUGUGAUACUAUAUGAGUUAA